GUGGGGUUAUGUCAAUUGUCAAUAAACAUAACCUACAAAACAGAAUCAGUGACAGAGGUUUUUUCCAACAUAACCUCAAAUUUGCACGUUUUAAUGUUCUUUAACACUCAAAAUGCAGAAUAUAGUGUGUGAGCAGUGCGGAGGUGACGAUUUCUAUAAAGAGGCUGGUUUCUACUUCUGCAGCGGGUGUCAAAUUCAGUCUCAGGAGGUCCAAGAGUACGUUUAUGAUGAAUACACCCCCGAAAACCGUCAAAGGACUAAAAAAAUCCAAAGCGAUAAAACGACAAAGACUGAGAGUAAAAUUACAAGUUGGGAGUGUUACAACUACGUUCUUCUCGGUCUUACGAAUGAACUUAUAAAUUUGGGGGCUGAUAAAAAGUUGAAGUCGGUAGUUCGCAUCUUGUGGAUGCGUUAUUUGGAAAAAUUGGAAGUUUUCAAACUGGGACGUGAUGAGUUGCCAAAACUGCAAGCUGUUUGUAGUAACGGAUGCUGAAAUCGUGUAUGGAAAACUGGCGAAAAAGAAACGGAAGCGAAAUAAAUCGUCGUCGAGUGAACUGGAUGUUACAUCUUUAGAUUCGACUUCAAUGAAGCAUGAAAGAGUCAAGAGGA